AUGACUGAAACUGAUGCAACCAAACGUCCUUUGGAAAUGCCAGAAACAUUUCUUCCUUAUUUGGAAAAAUACAGGAUAUAUAAGCUUUUUAAGGAUAUGGUACAAGACUUGAUAAUAAAUUUACCAAAAGACCACCUCAAGCACAUGAAGGUGUUCCUCGGUCGUCAUCUGCACAGUUCCAAAGACGUUGAUAGAGUCAUCUUACUUGUAUCGCCAGAGCUUCAUAUCGAUAUGAAAAGAUUGGCAAGAGACAUUAUAAAAGAUCUUGGAUACUUCGUUAUCACACGACGCUGCGUGAUGGAUCGCUACGAAAAGCAUGAUAAGUACGUGCCUGGAUGCAUUUCUCCUGUUCUCUUGUCUGAAGUGACGAAAAUGAUGACUUCAAGGGAUCCUGUUCCGCAGGCAGGGUGGCUUAUGUUUGACCACCCCUGUACAAUACAAGAAGCGCGCUGUUUACAACAAGACGGGAUCCUCCCUACUGUAACUUUGGUCCUCACUCCACCGCCAUCAGCAGCUUCUAAAGCAGUCGACGCUCGCACCCCUGCAAGAUCCUUCUUCCAACAAGACUUUGAAGGGCUAAAGUUGGCUUACAACGCAACACUGAAGGAGGUUUACAUCGAAUCAGAAGAUAGUGCAGAGAAGAUAGUCACGAAAUGUUCGAACGCUAUCAGCGCGGCCACGGCCGGCGCGCAGGGGCCGGGGCGGGGGCUGCACGUGUGGGGCGCGCCGGGCGUGUACCGCGUCGUGCUCAUAGGGCCGCGGGGCUCUGGACGGAAAAUACAAGCAAGCGCAGCCGCUAAGCAUUUCGAUAUUGUUUAUUUGCACUUUGAAGAACUGUUCAAGCAAGCAGAAUUAAGGAACGACGAAAUUGGUGAAAAAUUACGAAAGUUUGGUGUUAGCGUUCGCCUAAGGUCGGAAAUAGUUAAACGCCGUGUAGCUCAAAAGGAUUGUAUUGAACACGGCUGGAUCUUAACCGGAUAUCCUGAAACCGGUGAAGAUUUCGAACAGUUGGACCGAAUGCCCACCCCUCCGAAUCGCAUUAUAUUUCUGAAUACGGACUGGGAUGUGUGUAAGAAACGCACAUUGUCACGGGGAAUGGACUGGUGCACGGGACAGCAGGCACCGCGAGGCUCCGGGCCGAGGGUGUUUGCUCUGCAGCCAGACCUUGAGAAGGUUUUGGAUGCUGAGUUAGACGCUUAUUUUACGGAAAAUCUGGCUGAACUCAGAGCCGCUGCCGGCAUUACAGCUGUUGAAAUAGAUGGCAACAAAUCAAUUGAUCAAGUUCAAGUGAAAAUGCAAGCAGCCAUCAUUUCAGCGCCUACUUUUAACAUUGAAUGUUGCUCACAGCUCCGAAACGUCCGCGCUGACGAGUUAGCUUAUUGAUUUUUUUGGAAAAAAUAAAAUACAUAUCUUCA